GAAGCUUUAAAUAUCUUAAUAACAUUUUCCCUUCUGGAGAGUGGAAUCUCCACCUCUCUCCCACUCACCUCAACUAAUUUUUAUCAAUUCCAAUUUCUUCACUUCACACACCUCACUGGUUGCAACAAUGGCAACUGCAAUCACUGGUUGUGCCAAUCAUCCAUGCGUUUUGGCGAAUCAUCCCUUCCAAUUUUCAGCUUCCCGUUUGAAUUCCAAUUCCUCUGCUGCCUCUUCAAAUUCAGUCUUGGGCUGUAAGGCAAAGGGGCUUUCAAUCAGGUGCCAAUCAUCCACGGGCACCGAUGAAGCGAAAACAGCAAAACAGAUGAACUUACUAGACAAUGCAAGCAACAUGCUCACUAAUUUCCUGAGUGGGGCGAAGAUACUGUCGAUGCCUACUGCUGAGGGUGCAGUCUCGGAUCUGUUUGGAAAACCACUUUUCUUCUCCUUGUAUGAUUGGUUCAUCGAGCAUGGCUCGGUUUAUAAACUUGCCUUUGGGCCUAAAGCAUUCAUUGUCGUCUCAGAUCCCAUCGUUGCUAGACAUAUUCUCCGUGAAAAUGCAUUUUCCUACGACAAGGGCGUUCUCGCUGAUAUAUUGGAACCGAUAAUGGGCAAAGGACUCAUACCUGCUGACCUCGACACGUGGAAGCAGAGGAGGCGAGUUAUCGCUCCCGGAUUCCACUCGCUCUUCUUGGAAACUAUGGCGAAAAUGUUUGCUAACUGCUCCGACAGAAUGAUAGCGAAAUUUGAUAACCUUUUAGAAGCAGAAGCUUCUAGGGGAGGGAAGAAAAUAGAGUUGGACCUCGAGGCCGAGUUCUCUAGUUUGGCGCUCGACAUUAUUGGCCUCGGUGUCUUCAAUUAUGACUUCGGUUCUGUUACAAAAGAGUCCCCAGUGAUUAAGGCGGUGUACGGUACUCUGUUCGAGGCCGAGCACCGUUCAACAUUCUACAUACCUUACUGGAAACUCCCUUUGGCGAAAUGGCUCGUCCCUCGACAAAGGAAGUUCCAGAGCGACCUUAAGGUCAUAAACGACUGCCUCGAUGGCCUGAUAAAGAAUGCAAAAGAGACUAGAGAGGAAGCUGAUGUCGAGAAACUGCAGCAACGCGACUACGCUAAUAUCAAGGAUGCUAGCCUCUUGCGUUUUCUAGUCGACAUGAGAGGAGUAGACGCUGAUGAUCGACAGCUCAGAGACGACCUGAUGACGAUGCUUAUAGCCGGACACGAGACAACAGCUGCUGUGCUUACAUGGUCUAUUUACCUUCUAGCACAGCAUCCAUCGAAAAUGAAGAAAGCACAGGCAGAGGUCGAUUCAGUGCUUGGACAGGAGCCGAUCACAUAUGAAGCAAUCAAAAAGCUCGAGUACGUGCGGCUUAUUGUGGUUGAAUCUCUGCGAUUAUACCCACAGCCUCCGUUGCUGAUCAGACGGUCUCUCAAACCCGAUAAGUUACCGGGUGGCUACAAUGGCAACGAAGACGGUUACUCAAUUCCAGCCGGGACGGACUUAUUUGUUUCUGUGUAUAAUCUCCACAGAUCUCCCCAUUAUUGGGACAACCCUAAUGAAUUUGAGCCGGAGAGGUUUCAAAGGCAAAAAGCUAGCCAAGUUGAUGGCUGGGCUGGUUUUGAUCCAUCUCGUAGCCCCGGGGCACUGUAUCCUAACGAGAUCAUUGCCGAUUUCGCCUUCUUGCCCUUCGGAGGGGGGCCAAGAAAAUGUGUCGGGGACCAGUUCGCCCUCAUGGAGUCGACUGUGGCGCUGGCAGCGUUGCUAAGGAAGUUCGAUGUGAACCUGCGAGGAUCGCCGGAAUCCGUCGAACUAGUCACCGGAGCCACCAUCCACACCAAGAGUGGGCUGUGGUGCCAGCUGGAGAAGAGAUCAUCGACUUCUAAUUGAUUUUGCAUCUCUUGUAGUUGUGACUAAAGAAUGUCUCUUUUAGAAUCAAGAAUCAAAUUUUGCUCAUGCUGUCACACUUCAGUCGUUAGCCUAUUUUAAAUGUAAAGUUAUUUAUUUGGCCA